UGGGCUAUGUGAGGAUAUAAGUUUAAAACCUGCGGAUCAAGGCAUUCAUCUCCUGGUGAAGGCAUAGAGAAGCUUUGGACGAGAUGGCGAGCUACGAGAAGCCAUCUGAUGCAGUCUUACAGGCUCUUCAAGAUGUGGCCAACAAACUGAGGAUUCACUCCAUCAACGCGACAUGCGCCUCCAACUCCGGACACCCCACCUCAUGUUGCAGUGCCGCAGAGAUCAUGUCUGUGCUUUUCUUCCACACGAUGCGCUACAAGACGAAGGACCCAUGCAGUCCUUGCAAUGACCGCUUUGUCAUGUCCAAGGGUCAUGCUGCACCUAUCCUCUAUGCUGCUUGGGUAGAAGCUGGAUUUCUGGAGGAGUCGAAGCUCCUUGAUCUGCGCAAGAUCAACUGUGAGCUGGAGGGCCACCCAACACCAAGGCUGCCAUUUGUUGACGUAGCAACUGGUUCCUUGGGUCAGGGUUUGGGUGCUGCAUGUGGAAUGGCUUACACUGGAAAAUAUUUUGACAAGUCCAGCUACCGUGUGUACUGCCUGCUUGGUGAUGGUGAGUGCUCUGAGGGUGCAGUGUGGGAGGCCAUGGCCUUUGCUUCCCACUACCGCCUGGACAACCUGGUGGCCAUUGUGGAUGUGAAUCGUCUAGGGCAGAGUGAGGCUACACCACUGCAGCAUGAUAUGGACAUUUACCUCAAGCGCUGUGAAGCCUUUGGCUGGAACACGUGUGUAGUGGAUGGCCACAACAUCCCAGAGCUCUGCCAGGUGCUGUUGCAGGCCCAGCAUGUGAAGGAGAGGCCAACUGCCAUCAUUGCCAGAACUUUCAAAGGCAAAGGCCUGAAAGGAAUUGAGAAUGAGGAUAACUGGCAUGGCAAGCCCCUCCCAAAGGACAGUGUAGAUGGCUUCCUAUCAGAACUCUGGGGGCUGAUCAAGACAGACAAACCCCCCUGUCCAGUGUUGCCUAAAGAGGAUGCUGCUGCUUUGGAGAGUGGUCCCAUCAGCUUGCCUUCACCACCUGCAUUCACACUUGGUGAUAAGGUGGCAACAAGACGUGCUUAUGGUGUUGCUCUUGCAAAGUUGGGGCAGGCCUGCCAGCGCAUUGUAGCUCUGGAUGGCGACACAAAGAACUCCACCUUUGCAGAGACCUUCAAGAAAACCCACCCAGAGCGCUACAUUGAGUGCUUCAUUGCAGAGCAAAAUAUGGUUAGUGUGGCUGUUGGCUGUGCCGCACGGAAUCGCUGUGUGCCAUUUGCCAGCACCUUUGGUGCCUUCCUGUCCCGUGCCUACGAUCAGAUCCGCAUGGCGGCCAUCUCCCAGUCGAACAUCAACUUGGUUGGCUCACAUUGUGGGGUUUCCAUUGGUGAAGAUGGACCCUCCCAGAUGGCCCUGGAGGACCUGGCCAUGUUCAGAGCUAUUCCUACCUGUACAAUCUUCUACCCCUGUGAUGCAGUCUCCACAGAGAGGUCUGUGGAGCUGGCUGCUAAUAAAAAGGGAAUUUGCUUCAUCAGGACCAGUCGGCCAGACACUCCUGUGAUCUACCCACCAGAGGAGAAGUUUGAAGUGGGAUAUGCCAAGGUGGUGCGCCAGUCUGACAGUGACAAAGUAACAAUCAUUGGUGCUGGUGUGACUCUGCAUGAAGCUCUGGCUGCAGCUGAUCUCCUAGCCAGUGAGGGUAUGAAUGUCAGGGUUAUUGACCCAUUUACCAUCAAACCACUGGAUGCUGACACCAUUGUGUCCAGUGCUCGGGCCACAGCUGGGAAAGUACUUACUGUGGAGGAUCACUACAGAGAAGGUGGCCUGGGUGAAGCUGUGCGCUUUGCAGUAGCUGGAGAGCCUGGCAUCACUGUGCAGUGCCUAGCAGUUACAGAAGUACCCCGAAGCGGGAAGCCCCAGGAGCUACUGGACCUGUAUGGCAUUGGUGCCAAGGCCAUUGUGGCUGCAGUCAGAAUGACCUUUGCCAACUGAAAGAAUGGAACCUCUGUGGCUCACUGUCCUUUCUGAUGUCAGUAUAUCCAUGUGUUCAGUGCUAGAGCCAGUCAUUUUAGGGGUGUCCCUUGUAAUAAGGACAAAUGCAGCAACUACAUUAAAUGGGACAGUCAUCUAAAUUUCAAGUCUGAUCAAAGCUUGCUGUAAGAAUUCAGGUGAUGUGUAAAAUCUGGGUGGGGGAACCUGAGGUACUUCGACAGCCUCAGCAAUGUAUGCUGUAGAGGUUGUUCCUCAGCCCUUAAUGCAUUCAAACAUCUUCAGCUUAGCCUCAGAACAUUCCAUAGUUUUGGUGAACAUUGCCUGAGCUGAAGGUCUAAAAGUGGAACAUCACAAGCACUUAAAUGCAUGAUACCUUUUGAUAUGAAGCUUGGUCACCUCAGAGGGUGCUUUUUUUCUACUGCUGUACUCAUGGCAUAAGGAACAAUAAACCAGUUUCAUGAGA